UCUUUUUAGUAGUCGCUGGAAUUAUUGGGAGACUUUAAUGUUUGAGUAAAGUAACCGCUCUAGUCCGCCCUCCAGUAGGUGGCAGUAUAACGCCUAAAAGCUGUUGGCAGACCGCCGUUAAAAGGAGGUGGAAGAAGUCUCACGCACACUGGCGGGUAGUAGAAGUAAACACUGGCGAAGGAAGCUCGAGACCUCGGCAUGUUUCUGAGUCGGUUUGACGGCCAGUCGAAGCUCCUGGUCGGCUCGCUGAUGUCCGGAGCCUCCGGCGGCCUCAGGGCGCUGGACGUCUUCCACAGGCAGCAGCGAGCGAACCCGGACAUGUCGCUGGGUCCCUUCAUAGAGACACUGUGUCAAGACGAAGUCCCCUGUCCACACCCUGGGGCCCAGACACUGACCGUCAAACCCCUGGUGUGCCUGUUUCCUGCACUGUUCAAACAGAAUCUGCUGUCCUUCAUCUACCUGAUCCACUCGGUUCUUCCUCCAACAUCAGUCCUCUGUCUGCUCAAGUGCCUCAGCCAGGACCCUCAUCCAAACCCCUGGAUCUCCGCUCUGGGUCGACAGUUGAGGAGGAGCCUGGGGGUGCACGAUGAGGAGCCUCUGUACACUCCACUGUGCAGCCAAAGACUGAAGGAGCUGUCGCAGCGUUUGGUUGUUUCGGGGGAGACCGGCGGAUGGGCCAAGUGCCUCACAGGUCCAACAGAAGAAUCUGGAUCUCAGAGUGCGUCUGGUUUGUCAGAGCUUGGGACACAGAGGAAAAGGAAAGUAAGUUUUGUCACCGUGGACUCUGGCGGUGAAGAGGAAACCGGACAGCAGAGCAAACGGAUAAAGAUGGAUGUCUGUGGUAACGAGUGUGUCAGUGCAGAAGAACAGAACGCAAACGAGGAGACAUCAGAAAGGUUAGAACGAGAUGCUCGGGCAGAAACUCCUGCUGAAGAACUGCAGCCAGCACCAGGUCGUCUGUGUGACUCCCUGCCUGAACACAUUAAGGUCUCUGUUCUUCAAAUCAAAGAAUUACUGGAAAAUCAGACCGAGUGGGACCAGAGCUCCGUGGAUGUGUUCAAAGUGCUGAAUGACUGUGACCCCGCCCAAGUGGAGGUGUUAUGCACCUCGCUGAGUUUGUCUGAUUUACCGGAGCAGAUGUUGCCUAAACUGUGCAGCAGUGUUUUGACUCUCACCCCUGACCUCAGCUACAGCACGACUGCAACACUCAUCAAGAGUCUCCUGCUGGACAAGGUCCUGUCCCUGUCAGAACCGGCCUCCAGAAGUCUGGUCACUGCCGUAACGUCACUGUGUAGCCACUAUCCUAGACCCAUGUGCCACGCUCUAAUCGGACAAGUUCUUAUGGAGAAGAACAUAGGGAAUCCACAGGCUGAGUUGCUGAACAGACUGAUAGAGAGCUGCCUGGAUUCACACUACAGACUACUGCUGCUUCAAGUGACAUUCAAGGUUGCAUGGAGUGAGGCAGUGCUCUCCAUUAUCCACAGCUUGCUAGACUCCAAGCCUGAUCUGAAUGAAGAAGUGUUCACACAAUUCACUGCACAGCUCGUCAGCCAGGGUCCACAAUUCACAAAGUCUGUGAAGUUUGCCAAAAUUAUGUUAACGGUCCUCACCAAAUACAGCAGCCAUGUGACUGCUCCACACAAACACUCCCUGUCGGGUUGCCUGACGUUAAAUGAGACCUUCCUGAAAAAGUCUCUUCAAGCUGCUCUGAAAAGAAUCGCACACACAAAGUGAAUCGCCCUAUUAUUAGUUCUUAUAACAAUAUACAGACAUUAAAUAAAUUGUGCAUAACAUAUAAUGUAGCUGUAAGCAGAUGUAAGGACAGUUUAAUUCUGAUAUACAAUAUUUUUUUAAAAAGUAUAACCUCUCUGAAGACAUCUAAUUUGUUUUUCUAUUUUAUCAUUUAUUAGUUUAUACACCAACCUCCACUUUUGGAUGCCUUAUAAGAGGGGUUCCAGUCGUUGACAAUAUGAUAACAGACAAAUGUCUGUUAACAUCUACGUUAUAAUGGGUUAUUAAGUAUGUUUCAUAUCCUGAAUUGUGGGACUUGAUGUUGGGAUGUGAAGUUUCUUCUGACCUAAUGUGUGUCAAUAAAUAUGUUUGAAUAAA